AUGUCAUUCUCGUCAGAAGAAGAAGACCAAGUCCUCUCGGACAACGAGGAGAACCAAUCCUUCGCGUCGGAAUCGAGCGACGGCGAGGAGCUGCCCCCGCGGCCGCUGCACCACAACUACUUCGCGCCGCCCUUCUACGGCCGCCCGCCGACGCCGCUGCCGCCCUCGCCGUCGCUGACCUCGCUCCUGCGGCCCUCGCGCCCGACGACCCCCGACGCGUCCGACGACGACUUCGAGCCCGUCCCGCGCGCCUCGCCCCAGGUCCCCACCUACGAGUACUACGGCUUCGUGCUGUACCUCUUCUCGACGCUGACCUUCAUCGUCUACCUGCUGUGGUCGUACCUGCCGUCGCCCUUCCUGCACGCCCUGGGCAUCUACUACUACCCGAACCGCUGGUGGUCGCUGGCGAUCCCGGCGUUCCUGACCAUGCUGCUGGUGUACAUCUACAUCGCGCUCGCGCUGUACAACGUCGAGAUCAUGACGCUCCCGCUCAACUCCAUCGAGACGGCCGUGGACGAUGCGUCGAAGGUCGGGGUGAUCGAUAGCAAGGGACGGCUCAGGGACGGGCCGAAGAGGAGGCAGGAUAAGAGGGAUAACCGGCUGCCCGGGGGAGGGAUGAAUUGGAAGAAUAUUUGGACCGAGGGGACGGAUGCCGUUAUGGAUAUCCCGCUGGCAGGUGCUUGCGAGGUGCUGUACGGGGAUGGGAAGGACUUUGAGUCGGAAGACGAGUACAUAGUCACUUGA